AUGUUAAGAUUUGCUCGUAAAGGCAAGUUGAGCCCUAGAUUUAUUGGGCCUUAUCGUAUACUAAGACGAGUGGGGCCACUUGCCUACCAGUUAGAGCUACCUCCAGGAUUGGAACUAAUUCACGAUGUUUUUCCUGUGUCGAUGUUGAGGCACUACCGCUCUGAUCCAAUACAUGUUGUUUCUACUGAGGAGAUCGAGGUUAGGCUAAAUUUGACUUUUGAGGAGGAGCCAAUCCAGAUACUGGACUGCGAUGUUAAAGUUUUGAGAAGAAAGUCCAUCCCACUGGUUAAAGUUCUUUGGCGUAAUCAUAAUUCUGAGGAGGCUACGUGGGAGCCUGAGGAUACAAUGCGACAGCAAUAUCCUCAUCUGUUCUGA